GAUUACCUAAUCACAUCAAAGUUGUGUCCGAAGAGAAAAUCACGUCAGUGUCAUUAUUUUACUGUUAUUUUGCCUAGCUUUUACGUGUACAAGCAAAAUAAUCUUUUUCAAAAUUAGCAAGCCUGUUAAAUUACGGGAAAAGGAACGGCAUGUUGAAUUACUCUGGAAAUCGUUCAUUUUUUAUCGCACGUAAUUCGUGGGAUUAUUACGAGAGCAACGAUGUUUAGUGAAGAUUGUGUUAAAUUCAGUUUUGUCAAAGAUUUCUGGGAAAGUGUGUGCCGGUAAUACGCAGGUGUUGACGGGGUCCCCACAAGAUGCUAUCAAAAGUUGUAACUGUGAUUUAGUAAAUUCGUCAUGUCUACAAUGAAGAACCCUACUUCGUCGUCUUCUAAGGCAUUGUUUAGCCACAUCAAGUACGAGCACCUGGUAGCUGGUAUAUCAGGUGGCGUGACUUCCACACUCAUAUUGCACCCUUUGGAUUUAAUUAAAAUUAGAUUUGCUGUUAACGACGGCAGGACCGCAACAGUUCCUAGGUACGAUGGGCUCGGGAGUGCAUUUGUCACUAUUGUUAAGAAGGAGGGAGUGAAAGGACUGUACAGAGGCGUCACACCUAACGUAUGGGGAUCAGGCUCCGCAUGGGGCUUCUACUUUUUAUUUUAUAACGCAAUAAAAACAUGGAUCCAAGGUGGGAAUGCGCGUACGCCGCUCGGCCCUGGCCUGCACAUGCUGGCCGCGGCAGAAGCUGGAGUACUGUCCCUUGUGAUGACCAACCCCAUAUGGGUGGUGAAGACCCGUCUCUGUCUCCAGUACAGCGAGGAACAUCUGGCUGAGCACAAACGGUAUAAGGGCAUGAUUGACGGCCUCAUGAAGAUCUACAGGACCGAAGGGAUCCGGGGACUAUACAGGGGCUUCGUUCCCGGUAUGUUUGGCGUGUCUCACGGUGCGCUGCAGUUCAUGACGUACGAAGAGAUGAAGAAUAGGUACAACCAGUACAGGAAUCUGCCGAUUGACAUCAAAUUGACGUCAGUGGAGUACCUAACGUUCGCUGCGAUCUCUAAGCUGAUAGCCGCGGGCGCGACAUACCCGUACCAAGUGGUGCGCGCGCGCCUGCAGGACCAGCACCGCAGCUACGACGGCGCCUGGCACUGCAUCAACGAGACAUGGAGACAUGAAGGCUGGCGCGGUUUCUACAAGGGGCUCAAGCCGAGCAUAGUUCGUGUGUUACCAGCUACGAUGAUAACCUUCCUGACUUACGAGAAUGUAUCGCAUUAUAUGCUAAACAGGUCGCGCGAAGUAGCGCUGUCUACAUAAUUCUAACACUUUAAUCGCCGUAUGAGAACCGUUGAAGGCAAAUCCUUCACUACCAUAGGUCAUCGGUGAGCUACGUGGCGAUUAAGAGCGGUUUCAGACUAGCGUUUUAUACGCGCGUAUACGAUAGUUUUUGGAAGCACAUGACAUUAAGUUGGGUAUAAGCCACACCUUUUGGUAUACACGUAACUUGUACGAACGUUGACGCGCUUCUAAACUCGAGUGAACGCGAGUCACGCCGAAAUAUGUCCUUUUAUGUGAGUUUGGCUUCUCGAAGCGCGCGUGUAAGCGCGUAUGCUGAAACAACAGGAUAUAUGCACAGAAAGAUACGCUAAUCUGAAACGGCCCUAGAUUGUUAAUAAUGUAAGUUUUAAAACAUGGACGAGAAUAUUGGAAAUUGACCCUUAUAACGAAGUAGAUAGGCGUCAUUUAGCAUUGGAAUGAACCAUAUUUUAUGUAUAUGUGUUUUGACAGCGAUAGGUGCGAUGUUAAAGUAAAUUGGGUAAAAAGUCUCAACUGUUUCGAUAAGAAUUAAAAUCGAACUCUACUGAGGUUUGAAAUGAGGAGAUAUGCAACAUCUAUGUAGGGUUUUUGAUACGCAAAAACAGAUCUUAUUCUGUAUAGCGUAGGUGUUAUUGUUGGGAUCGCAUAAUGACGUCUAUUUACAUCGUGUUCUAAAAACAGUUUUUCGAUAUUUUGCAUUUGUCCUUUAGUUGUAUAGUACAAACGUUUUAGUUUUAAUUAUUUUUAAUGGAAUUGACGAUAGUUGUUAUCAAGAAAUGGGCAAUUAUGACGUAGUGAAUGGAAUGGCAUGUUUUAUACAUUUGUGUAUAAAAUGAAUUGUAUUACGCUAAACUGUAAUGAAAUGUUCAAAUUGGUUAACAAAAUUAAAGGGUAAAAUGGGAACUUUGGAUUUUAAUGUAACAAAAAUCCGUCAGAUGGCACUGUUAUCGUUUUAGGUUUGCUAUGUCACCAUAGCAUGUCAAAAAUAACAGGUUUAUAUUGUACCUUCUAGUAUCAGAUUUAAAAAGUAGUAACAGUUCAAAUCUGUACAAAAUUGAGGAAACAUCCGAAAAUACGAAAAUAAUGUAUCUGUAGAACUAUCAAACUGACAUAACCUAAAACGAAACUAGCGCCGCCAAGCGGAUAGUCUACCAUUAUUUGAAACUUCUCAGUCUGUAUAUAGCUUUCUUUCCUACAAUUAUUUAUAAGUAACUUGUAUAUAAGUAAAAAUUCACAUCGCAGAACGGGAAUAAAGUAGUGUUAUAAAUAUUCAAUAGAUUAAGUUAUUAUAGACUAUUUUUAUAGAAGCUUCAGUGAGUAAAAGGAACAUGCAUUCAUGUAUUCAAAAAUCUUAAAACAGAAUAAAAGUAAACUUCAGGAGAGCCUCUUGACAUCAAGUGCAGAGCUGGAAGUCUCAACAAUAAUUUCAGUUGAUAAAUCAGAAAGUUCAUUAAUAGAUUUUCAACUUUAUAACAAACGGAUAAGAUUGAAAAGCUAUUAUAGAAGUCCGGGAUUUAGCGACUGAACGAUUUCAAUACCAACAUCUUAAAGGCAGUAGUAGAUUACUAAUUCAAUAAUCUCUUACAAAUCUUGCAGUUUCUAUAAAAAUAGCCAACAUUAGUAUUAACAUCAUCCCCUAUACACAUUUAACAAAUUUUCAUAAAAAUAUGUUGAAUGUGCAAAGGAAAAUAGUCCAUAAAUUAGCAUAAGUUCAUACAACGCGUAAAAUUGUACAUUAAAACCGCGUUUCAAAAUGUCAGACCAUUUUAUAGGUAGUGCGAGUGCCAACAUGGCCGGUUAAUCUUAAUAUAGGUUAAAGUAGAUAUAGGCUGUGUAAAUUCCUACUUUAUUAGUGACACGCAAGGUAUAAAUUGAUGCCUAAAUUAAAACACCUAAGGCUUCGGGCGUACUAGAACAGAAAUGUAGCGGUUUUUAACCGCGUAAUAGUAAAAAUCUAAUACAAGCGGCCGCACUUGCGGUUUUGUCUCGCGCACAAUUCAAUGGGAUGUUACAUAGUGAAGUUGACGCUCUAGUACGAUUUGGACCCUAAGAUAUCUGUAUGCUUACGAGCCUUGCUUAACCCUAUAAUAAUCCUAGGGUUUUCCAAAACAAACAUAACACAAAAAUCUAAAUUUCAAGAGUAAAUAAUAAUUAUUUUUCAUAAUUUUCCAUUAGCGAACUUCAGUCUACGACUUAUUGAACUUCAGGAUAAUCGUACUAAUAUUAUAUUUUCAAUUCUUUUUAACUUUAUAAAUACCACUAAUAACGUAGGACUUUAUACAUAAUCAUUAGUUAUAAAAAUUGUAUAUAACUUCAAUAUAUUUCUCAGAAAUUAUUGAAGAAAUAGCCAAUCACAAAACUUUUAUUAAUCUAGGAACAAAAAUUAGUUUUAAGAGACGCGCAUAGAUUGUAAAUAAAUCGCGUAUUAGGUUACUUUAGGUUAGAUCUAGUUAUUAAGAUAGGUAGGCAAGCUAGAACAUUCGUAAGUUAACUUCUUCAAUACAUUUAAGGCAAUAAAAAUUACAUUGUCACUCUUUGAUGUGCAUUAAAGUAAACCUUUAGACCCAUUAGAAUACAGAUGAUAUUACCUUGACAACUAUAAUUGACAAUGACAUCAACUUAUUUGUUACAAAAAUGGUAAUGUCGUACAGUUUUGUCAUAUUAGCUGGACAUAGCGACAAUCGGUUGCGCAAAAGGCGUAUUCGAUUCCCCUAAGAAACGUACUCAGACCCGCAGAACUUCACACUACGGUACUUGUAACAACUAACAACAUAGUUUCAAAAUUAAAUCAUAGUUUAUAGUCUUAUAUGUAGAGAAAUUAGCUUACGAAUGCUCUUGUCUAAAAUAAAUAUAAAAACUUAUUAUAAAAGAGAUUAUAUUAGAAUAUAAGUUUUAUUUUACUUUAAAUAGGUAAUUACUUAGUGAUUACUGAAUUUAAUUUUGUUUUUAAACGAAUGUAAAAAUUCGUUAUAAUAAGGGGCAGCAUGUUCAUAAUUAGUAAGUUCGGGACGCGACCAAUUUGUAAAUAUCGUCGCGUUUCCAUUUAAAGGUAAGGCCAAACGAGUCGUAAAAACGUAGUGUUUAGCUUAAGUAGGUUUAUAAUUAUAUUAUAUGUAGUUUAUAAAUAAUAUAAUUAGUUAUAAGUAGUUUUAAAAUCUAUUUAUACGGGCGCACAUUCGUGCAUCAAAGCGAACAUUAAAUUGUUUAAGUAAAUUCAACCUUAUCUCCACAGUGUAAUGCACAGAUUGCUUCGGGGAUUUAAAAAGACGCGCGCGAAUCUGCGCGAAUGCGUGCGUGUGAGUGCGUCUUGAAUUCAUUUUUACUUCGAUGCUUUCGAGUAUGCGCCCGUAUAAAUAUUAAAUUUUAAGUAGUUAAGUAAUGAAACAACGCUGUAACACCUUGGAAAAUUAACUCUAUUUCAAUAGACGUAAAGUGCUAUAUUAAAGUCGUUCUUCCAACUUACGAAGACACCGCAGUUGAUUAGUAUUUAAACUAGUUUAAGGAAAUCACGUGUCGCGGGUUCGAUUCCCGCAUGGAACAAGUAUUUGUAUAAUUUAGUUUACUUCUAGUUGUUCCAGGUCUGGAUGACGCGUGAUAUGUAUAUCCCCGAUGGAUCCGAUUAAAAAUCUGUAUUAUGUAUAUAAUUAUAUUAAGUAUAAUAUAAGUAAAUGAUAUAUAUUUUUAUAAAAUAAACCAAAAAAAGUAUAAAAAAAAUACAAAACAGAAAAUAUAAAAAAAUGUACAGGAUGACUUUUAGUGCUUUGAAAUAAGAAAAGAAUUAGCAACGACAACUGCUCUUAAAUUAUAACAAUAAAAAUAUAUUUGCAUUUACUAAAAAAUCUAAAAGUCGAUAAAAAGGGAUGAAUAGACACAGAAAUGGGGUAAAUAGAUGUUAGAACAUUUUCCCAACAUUUAUUUACUCCUCUUCUGUAUCUAUUCACCCCGUUUUACGGUGCCAAGAGUAUCUAAAUAAAGUAUAAAACAACAAUAACAAAAAAUAUAUACUAAAAUGAAAUAAACUUCAUUUUCUUUACGUGUAUUAAAAGUUAUCCUGUAUUCUAGAUAAUAUUUAUUAUAAGAUAACUUUAAUAUGUGUAAUAUAUCCCUGGUUUAAAAUGAGCAAAAAUUAGGUUUAAGUAAGUCAAAGAGUUGCAAAUGUAAAUAUACUACGAAAUGAUAAUAUGGUCCCAAUAAAUGUUGAAAGUAGAUGUAACAUUAAAAAUAUAAUUUAAAUAUAGGUUAGACAUAAUAUAAUUAUGUAAGUAUAUAUAGAAAAUGGGGCGUUCGUCACAAAUCUUCUCAAAACGUAGCGUGUUAAAAUAAUUAAAAUAGGUUAAUUACAAGUUAUAUUUUAUUUAUUUUAAAUGCCGUCAUAUUUAAUAGCGUGGAAAAAAUAUCAACCUGUAUGUUUUUGGUUACACUAAUUUAAAAUUAUAAAACAAAAUAGAAAAGUUCAACCAUUUUAUUCAAUAUCUAAAUUGGUAAUAUUUGUUUUUACUACGAUAUAUCUAAAAUUAUACAUAUAGGUGGCAAAUUUUAUAAAUAAAAUAUAAGUUAAAAUAUAGUUUAAUUAGGUUAAGAUGUUACUUAUGACGUUUUCAGUAUAUUCUGAAUAGUCUGAAUAUUAUAGCUACAGGUUCAAAAAUACUUUAUAACUCAAAAUAUACAAAAGCCGAAAUAUAAAACAUGCUCCAUCUCUUUUAAACAUCAGUCGCGAUUCUAAGAAAAAUAUUCAUUUUACUAAUAUCUCGCGAUAUUGACAAUCGAUGCUAAUUACACGAAAAUGUUAUACUUAUUAACCAAAAAGUGGAUAAUGGUAUUUCGCCAUGGUUUCCAUCACCGUAGCCUUUACCAGCCAGAAGAUCAUAAACAAAGUAUCUGAAUGCGUCAUAAGUAACACUUAUUAGUAUAAGAUUUAGAAUGUAAGGCAUUUGGCACACAAUGGCUGAUUUUUGAAACCUAAUUCGUAGACAUAUUUCCUUAAAAAACAUUUUAAAAAUCUUGCAUCCCCAAAAAUACUGUAAACUUUGCCAUUUACAAAAUUUUGCGUUUUCAAAAAGGUAAGUAACAGAAAACAUCACUUUGCAAUAGUAAUAAAAUGAAUCUGACAUCUUAACAAUCGACAAAUAUAUAAUAAGUUACUAAUAAAUUACUACUUAUAUUUUCAGUUUGUAUCUGAAAGAAAAUAAAUUUAUAUGUCUACAAAAUAGGUUGAGAUCAGCUCUUGCGCGUCACACAUUGAUGAGUAGCAACUCCAUAUUAUAAUUGCUGAAAAUAUUGGCGAACCAGUACUCAGAUUAAUCAAAUGAAUUAGAUUUAAAUAAAUAUAUUUACGUAAGUUAGUAAUAUAAGUUGUUUCUGUAUAAUUAAAAUAAUGGGAGUACGUCGAAAUAGUUUUAAUUACUAUAUACGAACAGAUCUGUACAUAUAAUGUUCGAAUAUGUUUAAACUUAAAGCCAUAAAUAAUUGUAAUUUAACGUCGAAAAACUAAUUUUAACAGAGUCUAUAUAGAUAUAUAUUUUUCUAUAUAGCUUAAGAUAGAUGUAAUUUAGUUACAUAAGUUGUAUAUUAAAGAAAUGAACGAUCUCAGAAUACACUUGAAAAUGUAGUGUAUAUAAACUAGAUAUUACCUAAUAAUAAGUUAUUUCGACUAAUAAAUAGCACAUGAUUAUUAAAAAUACUUUCAAUAGCUAGUAUUUUUAGUUGAAAACAAAUUGAGCGGAAUUCACAAAAUCAGAUACUUACCUACUUUUAGUUUUAUUUGUGUAUUUAUAAAGUUGAUUUAUGAUACAAAAUUAGCCUUAUUGAAUACGCACACGUAUUUAUUAGUUAUGUUUAGUAGUUAACUUUAAAUAGUUCUGUAGAAAAACAGUGAAAACUGCAAUUUGAAAUAUAAGAUACUAUUAAUUAAAUUGUAUAGAUAGUCAUAAUCAAACGGAUUGGAAGCAAAAAAAAAAGUAAUAGAUGUAGAUAAUAGAUAUACAUAUUAUUAUAUUUGUAAGUAUGUAACUUCAUAGAGAAUAAACUACAGAAUAUGUUUAUUUAGGUGAACAUUAUAAUGUAUUUACUCUAACUAGUAUAUAAUGAAUAGCUUGUAAUGGUCGUAUUAUAAUAUUGAUGAUCAUUUUGAGAGAUAUAAACGAGAAGUAAUCGUCCAUCAUAUUAAUUUAAUUGGGAACUACUGUUUUUUGUCGCCAGAUGGAGCUAUUGCGAACCGCUCGUCUUUUCGUUCAAUAGGGAAUUAGCUAAUGUCACACCAUUGGUCAUUAAAUUAUUGACAACUACAGUGAUUGGAUAAUAACACCUCUUCCUAUAUUUGCGCAAAAAAUCGGUAGCCUUCUUUAAAUCUGAUGAAACUGAAACUCAUUCAUACAGUCAACACUCUGUCUUGUUUCUCCAUUCCCUAUGAGAAAAUAUAAUCAUUAGUUUGCAAACAAGGUACAAUAACGAAACAUUACAGCAUGCCAUUUAAAAUCAUCAAAAAGUAAGACGGUUUUAAUCACCAAACUGCUGAUAAACAGAUUGCAAAUGAUUUGAUUACAAACAGAUGGUCUAUAAAAUAACUAAUAGUUGAUUGGCGUUUCUUUUCUGCUUAUAUCCUUCAAAAUGAUCUUCAAUAAUAAAAUAGGACGUUUAGGUUAAGUUACUAUUCAGAUAAUAACUAUAAUAUACGGGACGCGAAUCCCUGUACAUAAAUUGACCUUCCAAUGUCUAUGAAGCAGUACCAGAAAACUAGUAGAUUAUGCGAUAAAAACAAGUCAAUGAUAGAUUUUAAGUUAGAUUUAAAAUAAAAAAUAAGGAUAGGUUUAGUUUACAUAAUGUACAGUUGAACAAAGGAAUUAGUAUACUCCGUUCUCAAUUUUCAACUUUAAUACUACUCAAUAAUAAAGUAGAAAGUCCAAUACAGGCUUUUUUAUAUUCAGUAGCCAUUCACGUUAGAGCUUUCAAACGUACUAUUUUAUUAAUAAUAAACAUCUUGCAAAGGCUACAAGUUAACUUCUGUCCCAGUUUUUUGAUAAUACAUUACUUCUUCAAAGAUAGUAUAGUAAUUUCUUUGUUUGACUGUACAAUUAAUGUAUUCGCUUCUUUUACUUAACAGUUGUAUAAAAAGGAGAUAGCAAAGAAGCCUAUUGAAAAUAUAUCUAUUCAAAAAGUCAUAUACCAACAUUGACUACAGGUCACCUAAAAAGAUCUUAGUACCUAAUUAGAAAAAGGUUGCAUUUCCCAUCUCUUUCUUAUAUGAACUGUUAGAAAAAGUGCGAUAAUUUGUAAAUUUUGUUAACACUGUAAAAGAACAAGGUGUAAUAACUGUAGGUACCAAUUAUAUAGAGUAGAAUAUACCUCCUAGUUCUAAGGGAACCUUGUACAUUAUUGAGACCUAAACGAAGGCCUAACAUGUAGUUCAAUCGAUUUUUGAAUCGUAUAGUUUGUAAGGACAGGUUUUGCGAUCACUAGAUGGCGCCAAUGAUGCAUUAAGUCCUCAUAGCCUAUCUGUGAAGAUAAUUUAAUGUUGUCUGGCUUAAAUUUUAAGAUCUUUAGGUCUAAUGCGAUACUAGCGCCUCUAGUGACGCAAAACUACAUUAGAUAUAAAAAAAUAGAAUAUUUUGGAAAGAAAGCUAUGUACAGACUGACAUUUCUUGCCUAUUUAUUAGUUUAAAAUGAUAAGGUGUCUAAUAAAACUUAAUAGAAAUAAAAUAAUUGAUUUUGUUGCCAUAUUUGUGUGAAAUUAUCUAAAAUUGUAAGUGAAAGGGUUACUAAUUGCGGUGGUGGGUUAUUAUUAAACAGUAAAACUAAAUUAACAUUGUCGGGAAUACUUAAUCAGUUUGCCAAUUUGAACGUUUUGCGUUAGCGUAUAAGGUUCAUUAUAGAAGCAGGCUGUGCCACAUAGAGUUCCUUUUAAUUUAGUUUUUUAAUGCAUUGUUUUCAUGUCCAAAGAUAUCAUUGCUUUACAUGUGCAGUUUCGUACAAAAUGGUGGUUAUCUACAUGAUGUAAACCAGUUACUACAAACUUUCUAAUAUUGAAAUUGUUCUAAAUAUUAAAUUAGCUAAAAAUCACGGUUUAAUCACGUAUAUUAAUCGCGAAAAGCUCUAUAAGUUUCGAGGCACACAGGGACUCUUAAAUCGAGUGCAGUGAGCGCAGACGAAACUAGUAGAGCUUUUCUCCAUUAAAUUACGUGAGUAAACAGUGAUUUUUGGUUAAUUUAGUAUGUCUCACCAUAGUUAUUAUAAAAAUAUGUUCUAAAUAUUUCUUGCAUGAAAAUGUUUCACGUGUUUAUUUAAGUAAUUAUUUUUAAGCUGUAAACUGUAUCUACUCAUUUCUACAACAUACUCAUGUAUUCUUGUUAAAUGUAAUUGGAAGCACAGAAAAACACCCUGAUCAUGUCACAAAAUUAAUUGUUACAUUCUUAAUAUUAUUUUUUAGGUUAUUUUGAUUGAUAAGAGAUUAAUUCUUUUAAGUAAUUUGGUUUUGUCAAUAUUUUAGAGAGGGCAUAAAAGCCUAUGCGUGGAAUAUUACUAUUCUUAUAGUCUUUUUAUGUAAAGGCUAAAUCUUUGACUAGGAAAACGGGAAUUUUACCGUUAUUCUAAAUUCCCAUAUCAAAAUUGCGGUUGAAAUAUUUGUGAAAUUGCUAUUCGAAUGCAUGCUGUGUGUAUUUGGGCAAGAAAUUAAAAUUGUAUGGAUUUCUAACUUUGUGAUUGCAAGACAAUAAUGUCGCUUCAAAUGGUGAGAAUAUAAAAAAAAUGAUACAGUAACAUGUGUUACAAACUCUGGAAGCCAAAUAGAGUACCUUUUUGGCUAUUUUAGAGAUAUCUUAGGUACUUAGGUACCUAAUUAUAUUCAAUUAUUGUAAAUGCCUAAAUUGAGAAUGACUAACUUAUAAAUAACAUCACAUUAUAGGUAAUGGCAUUAAAUAUUAAAAUAAUAAUAUUUUGAAAUAUCAAAAUUGAACCUUGAUGUUGUAUCAAAUUCAAAAGAUUGACUGCGUAUUACGCAACUCAAAAUUGUAAACUAAUAAAGACAAGUAUUUUUGAUUAAAUGAAAAAAGCCUUACGUCUUGUAGUAAUAGAGAUGUUUUUCCUAUAACGUCUCUCAAUGAAUACGAAAUACGGCCAUCACAUUUUCACAUUAUUAUAUCAUAAACCACUUAAUUAUAAUUAUGUUUGUAGAUAGAUUUUUUUGUUUUUAAUAAAUCAAUUGGAAAGAAAA